AACGUGGUUGAUUAUCGAACUUCUUUAAAUUUAAUUUUCUGAUAAAUAUAACUUUUUCCUAUUUAAUUAAUAGUAUUUUUACAUCAUAUAUCACUUUAAUCAUAAAAUUAUUUUUUGAAAAUGAAUACUGAAAACGGAUCUAAUAUUUUAGAUGUGAAACCUGUAGAGGUAAAAUCCGUUCAGCAAGUUGAACUUGAUCCCUUUGCAUAUUUAGAAAGAAAUGAUUUUACAUCAGAAAAAUUUAAAUUAGAAGUACGAAAUCUUCCUAAAUAUUAUGGAAUUGUUGAAUUUAAAAAAUUAAUCAACCAACAAUUAAAAUUAAAUAGUGUUAAGGUAAAAACUCCAACUCGUAAUGGGAAGUGGUUAUAUGUUUGUUUUCAUUCAGACGAAGAAAAAAUAUCUGCGUUGAAUGUUUUAAAUGGAUAUAGUUGGAAAAAUACUGUUCUUGAAGUUAGCGAAGCUAAGGCUGUUCCAGAUCCUUUAGUUAAAAAACGCAAUGAGCAAUUUGAAAAUAAUGCUCCUGAUACUAAAAAACCUAAACUAUGUAAUGUAGAAGCAGAAAAACAGAUGAUAGAAAAUGUUACACCUUUACAUCAUCUUCCUUAUGAAGAACAACUAACACAAAAAGAAAAAUGCAUGAGAAACAUUUUAUUAGAUUAUAACAAAAGAUUACCUCGAGCAAAUAGAGGACUAUUAGGUUGGCUAAGAAAGCAACAAUCAAAUACUAACGGUCUACCAUGUGAAUUACUUAAAAUACAAAGUCUUAAAGAAGACGUAAAAAAAUGUGUUGGUUAUAGAAACAAAUGUGAAUUCACUAUAGGUAUGGACAUUGAAAAUAAAGAACCUGUUGUAGGUUUUCGUAUUGGUACUUAUGUUCAAGGAAAAACUUGUGUAGCACCCAUUGAUAAUGUGUCCAAUGUUCCUGAACAAAUGAAAGUAGCUGUUAAAGUUUUUCAAAAUUUUAUAAGAAAAUCUAAUAUUACUGUAUUUAAUCCAGAAACAUAUACUGGUCAUUGUCGUCAAUUAACUGUGCGACUAAGCUUAAAAACUGAACAGUUAAUGUUAAUAUGUGUAGUUCAUACAGAAAAUAUGGAGGAAAAUAUUGUUGAAACAUUAAAAAAGCAAAUUAUAGAUUAUUACACUGAAGGAGAAGGAAAAUUUUGUAAGGUAGAUUCCUUAUUUUUUCAAAAAGCAAAAAAAAGAGUAGCUGGUGAAGGAAAUUUAUUUCCUUUAGAAUUAUUGAAAGGUCAAGAAUAUAUUGUUGAAGAAAUGAACGGUCUUAAAUUCAGAAUAUCACCUGAAUCAUUUUUUCAAGUUAAUACUGCUGCUUCUGAAAUUUUGAUUCAAUCAGUAAAAGAAUUAGCAUUAAUAAAUUCAAAAACUACAGUUUUAGAUAUAUGUUGUGGGACUGGUACUAUAGGUUUAUCUUUAGCAAAGGAUUGUGCUCGUGUUAUUGGUGUUGAAAUAUUAGAAGAAGCCGUGAAUAUGGCAAAGUUAAAUGCCAUUGAAAAUAACAUAAAAAAUGUUCAAUUUUUCUGUGGAAAAGCUGAAGAAGUAAUGAACAGACGUGAAUUUCAGUAUCCCGAAAAUGUGGAUGAUUUGGUUGCAAUUGUUGAUCCACCUAGAGCUGGUUUACAUAAUAAAGCUAUAGAAUUAUUAAGGAGAAUGAAAAAUUUAAAAAGACUUGUAUAUAUUUCUUGUAAUCCAAAAGCUGCUCUACAAAAUUUUAUAACUUUAGCUAUGCCAGAAUCAAAAACAAAAUAUGGCGCUCCAUUCAUACCUAUUAAAGCUAUUCCAGUUGAUAUGUUUCCUCAAACACCCCAUUGUGAACUUAUAGUAUAUUUUGAAAGGUACACUGAGAAUAAUGAAAACAAUGGCUAAUCAGUUGUAAUUAUUAAUAUAUAUUUUUAAAUCUAAUAAAACAUUUAAAUUUAUAA